CUGAAGAAUACUGGAUGGGAGCUCAGCAGGACAUGAAGGGACCAGAUACCUCUUUCUUUGUUGAGCCACCAGUGCCCCCCGCAGCCACAGAAGCCAUAAGGACGAGCCUGCCCGAGAGCCCCACGGCAGCAGCAGCCCCUGGGAACGUUCCUGCUGCAGCCCCAGCACUGCCAGGAGAGGCUGCAGCCACCGAGGGACCAAAGGCUGCAGCUCCAGGUGCAGCCUCUGUUCCCCCCGCCGACGCCGCGUUCCUUCCCGCAGAGAAAGCUGGAGACACCAAACCUCCCCAGAGUCCUGCAGCAGCAGCAGCCAGCCCUUUCCAGGCCACGGAUGGAGGCUUUUCUCCUGCACCUGAAGCCAACCCUGCCAAAGGUGUCAAUGACACGUCCACCCCAGGGACAGAGCUCGGCUUCGCCCCGGCAGCAGAUGCUGGAUCCCACCAUGGGGUGGAUUUGGGGUUUGCUCCAGCAGCAGGUGUGGAGUCCCACCAAGCCACGGAUCUGGGAUUUGGCCCAGCAGCAGGUAUGGAGACCCACCAAGCCAUGGAUUUUGGAUUUUCCCCAUCAGCAGGUGUGGAGUCCCACCAGAACAUAGAUUUGGGGUUUGCUCCAGCAGCAGGUGUGGAAUCUCACCAGAACAUGGAUUUGGGAUUUGCUCCAGCAGCAGGUGUGGAGUCCCACCAGACCAUGGAUUUGGGGUUUGCCCCGGCAGCAGAUGCGGAACCUCACCAUACCUUGGAUUUGGGAUUUGCUCCAGCAGCAGAUAACAAAGCUCAGCACGUUAUGGGCUCUGAGUUUUCUUCAGCAGCAGAAGUCAACCAUCACCAUGGCCUGGAUUCUGGCUUUGCUCCUGCAGCUCCAGCCAAGCCUGUCCCUGCUGUGGACGGUGGGAACGUGGAGGCUCAGCCUGGCCCUGCAGCUGCCCCCAGCCUUGCUGUGUCUGGGGAGCUGCUGACAUCUGAGGCUGCCCUUCAGCAGGACAAGUGUCCUGCAGAAGCAACAGCAAAGGUGGAGGCAGAAUCCAAAGUCCCAGAAAUUUGUGUGGAUCACUCAGAGGAGAUGAAGGACAGGAAACCUCCCCCGAGCCCCCGGGAGGAGGAAAUUCCCGGGAAAACCCAGCAGCCCCCGGAGGCAGCAGCUGAAGCAAAAGGAGCACUAGAAAACAAAGAGCUUCCAGAAAAAUCUGCUCCUGCUGAGAAUGGUGAGACACAGAAGGAGGAGGCUGAGCACAACCACGUCCAACAUGCAGAACCUCAGGAAGGGAAAACCCUGCAGGAGCCCACAGGUCUUCCCACUGCACAAGUCAGGCAAGCUCCCAAAUCCAGGGACCGUGGGUUUGGCAGAGCAAAACCUGCCCCAGUGCCUCUCACAGAUGUGCCAGAGGAGCAUCCUGUAGGUGUCACACAGCAGAAGAGUCCUGAGCCCAGAGCAGACCCCUGUUCCACAGUGGAGCUUGGCUGUGGUGCUGGAGCAUCCCCUCGCUUUAGGGCUCCUCACAAAAAGGCCACCAAUGUCCCCACGGAGCCUGUGGAGAGCUGCAGAGAUCCCCCCCAGGAAAACUGGGAUUUGGAAGGUGCCAUGGUGAAGAAAAAGAAAAAGAAACCAAAACAAAGGAGAAACCAGCUGCCAAGAGGGAUGGAGUUCUGGGAUGAGAAUGGAACAGCCUCCCGAGGUGCCAGGAGUGCUCCCUUUGGGGUGGAGUGGCAGAAGCCAGCCGUGUGUCCCAGAACACCCCCAGGAAGCAGAGCUCUGGAUGUGCCACAGGAUGCUAAAAUAACAGCAGGGAGUCAUAUCCUGGAGGAGCAAAAGGCCUUCCCUGUGCCAGCCCCAGGACAGCAGGGCCCAAAACCCAGCGUGCUGCAUGCCAGCCCCAGGGAGGAGAUGGAACCACAGGGAAGGAGAGGUGACAGCUGGAUGCUGGGAUCUAAGGGCAAAAGCAAAGAGGUUCCCUCAGAGCAGGUGGGCCAGACUGAGGUGCAGCAAUCUGCUGCAGCCAAGGAACCCAGCAAGGCCACGGAGAGAGAUUUCCCCAGGAAAAAUGAGAAGAGGGAGGACAGGGAGUCAAAAGGUGCCGAGCUGAAGGUCAAUCUGAGCAAGGCAGAAACUCCCUUACAGACCAACCCUUCAGAACUGCCCCUGUCCCAUAAAAACAAGGAGCCCAAAACCCCAUCUCCAGGGCAGGAAGCACCCAGUGACUCUGUCCAGCAGCCUUCCCUGCAAACAGCAGCCAAGAAAAACUGGGAAAGAAGCAAAGGGCUUGAAAGGGAAUCCCUCAAACAGCCUCACCUGGAGGCUGCAGCCGUGGAGGACAAGCUCCCUGCAGAGCCAAAGGCAGCUGGAGAAAGUAAAAGAGGGUCAGAGGGAGGAGUGAGGAGCCCAGCAGAUGCUCCUGGAGCUCCUGUUCCAGUUCCACCAGAAGCUGGGGAGGUUCCAGCUGGGCAGGACAGGGCCCAGGGUGUCCCCAAACAUCCCAGCCCUGGCGAGGCAGGGGGCAGGGGGGUGGCAGCAGAUCCAAAGCAAGGGAAAGGAGUCCCUGGUUCUGAGCAGCAGGCUGGGCCAGACCCCGGCCUGGCACACGGCACGGACCGGCCUAAGAAAAAGCGCAGCGAAGGGAGAGGCAAAAGAAUGAAAAGCUGCUCGGAGCAGGUGAUGCUCUCAGAGGAUGGAGGCAAAUCCUCUGAUGGAGGGAGGACAGACGAGGCUGGGAAGGAAGCAGUUUAUCCUGAAAAUGGCCAGGGUGUUCCUGCCAGAGGACACCCAUCAGGCAGCGCUGCACAGGCCUGUCCUGCAGACAAGCCCAAAAAAAGGGGCAGCGAUGGAAGGAGCAAAAAAGGGGAAAGGAGCUUUUUCCAGCAGCCUUUCCUUGAGAAUAAGAUGGACUCAGGGAGUUUUCCUGAGGGAGCUGAUAAGGUGAAGGAGGGCAGUGAUAAGGGCAGAGAGCAGGGCUGUAUCCCUGCUGGGGGCUUGCAGGAAAAUGCAGCUAAAAUGCAAAGGCCAAUUGAGCUGGGACCGGAGAAACCGAAAGAAAAUGUUGGGAAAGGUGAAACAGCUGAUUUGGGAGCUUUAGACCAAGCUUUGCUGCUGGAGAAGAGCAGAGAGGAAGCCAAAACUCCUGCUGUGGCUGCCACCAUCAGCCCCACAGAACAGGUGGGUUGGGCUGGGAAAGGCAGGGAGGCUGGAGGUGCUGGGCUCAGCUCGGAUGUGCCAGUGCUGGCAGAGAAACCCAGGAAGAGGAGCAGUGAUGGGAGAAGGAAACAGCCUGAGAAAAGCCCCUCUGGGCAGGCAGCUGUCCUGGGGGCUGGGGGGGAAGCCAGGCAGGAGCAGGUGGCUGGAGGCAGGAAGGAAAUGAGCUUGGCUGAGGAGAAGGGGUCUGGUUUGCAAAGAGAGAGGCUGGAGGAGGAGCUGGGCAAGCCCAAAAUCCAGGGUGGCACUGGGAGCUUCUCUGAGCAGCCAAAUCUUUCAGGCCAUAAAACAGAGACUUCAGAGCCAGAAAUAGGGAAAGGAAACUUGGAAACUAAAGGAACUUGGCCUGUGAAUAAAGGGAAGGAAGCAGAUAAAUCCCCGGAGCACAGGGCAGGGAUGCACAGUCCCACCAGGGAACUGGGCAUGGACAAGCCCAAGGGUAAAAGCAGAGAUGGGAAAGGCAAAAAGGCUGAGCACAGUCCUGAGCUGCAGCCAGGUGACAUCCCUGCAGUGGGACGUGUUCAGCCAGCUCAGUCUGAGGAGAGUAAAGAGAAUUCCAGGACUCCAGAGGUGCUGCUGGGUCACCUGCCUGAUCCUGCCAAGGUCCAGGCCCCUGCUUUGCCCCUGGAGCCAGGGAAGUCACACACAGGUGGUGAAGAGAAGCCCAGAAAGGGGGAGCCUGACCCACAGCAGCCUUUGCUGCUGGAGCAUAAAGCAGGAGCAGGGGUGCUCCCUCCUGCUGGCCUGGAGAUCAGGGACAAACCUGAGGCCAGAGGUGCCAGUCCUUGCAGCAGGAAUAAAAAUCCUAUUCCAGAGCAUCCAGCAGUGUCAGAUCUCAGCCUAGCCCCAGUCACCGAGAGAUCUAAAAAGAGGGGCUAUGAUGGAAGCAGUAAAAAGGCUAAAAAUGCCUCCAGGCAGCUUGUUCCUCUGGAGGCAAAAGCAGACAGGAGGGAAGCACAGCCUGCCGUGGGAGCUGGGCCGGAAUGUGGGGUGGAAGACACAGAUCUUGUAGAUGAAAACAGAAACAUUAAAAACUUUCCCACUGGCCCUCAAAGACUUGGCAGUAAUAAAGGAAGUGACUUCAAGUCCAUGUCUCAGACCCCAGCAAGUGGCCCUGGGGGUGGGGGUGAUGCUCCCUGUGGCCUCCCAAAGCAGGGAGAGGGGGGUGCAGGGACUGGGGGCCUUCCUCCUCCUCCUCCUCCUCCUCUGGAAGCAGUGGCAGAGAAAAGCAACAAAGAGCCUGGACUUGGUGCUAAGAAGGAGAUGCAGACCCUGAGAUCUCAUGAGCAGCCCAAAGAACCUGGAAAAGAGGUUUCCCAGAAAGGUGGGGAGAGCAGAGAGGCUGGUUCCCAGGGUGGCCGGCCCGAGGACAAAAGUCACCUUUGUCCCGUGGCAAAGGUGGAUGAUAAGGAAAUAAAACCCAUUGAUACAAAGCACAACACUGCCAAGGCUCCCUCAGAGCUUCCUCACAAGGCAGCAGAUCCAAAACACAGAGCAGCCUCUGCAGCUGCUGAGGGGACAGGGGGACCAGAGGCCACCGUGUCCUGUGCAGAGACGGGCACAGGGAGGUCCCCAGCCCCUGCAGGGACACCUGGCAGCACAGGGAGCAUUUCCACAGCCCCUGCAGGCAAGGACAGGAAGGCUGGAGGGGCUGAGCAGGGCAGGGACAUGAGGAAUGAGCAGAGCUCACCCCAACAGCAGGGCACUGAGCCUGAGGCUGCUGGGACAGCUGCCCAAACUACCCAAAAACAGCCCAGAGAGAACAAAAAAGGUCCCUGUCAGCCUGCAGAGAAGGGCCCUGCUCUCCUGAAGGAUGAUGCUCCUCGUGCUGGGGAGGUUCUCCUGAAGGAUGCUCUGGUGUCAAAGUCUGAGGGGGAUAAACCUCAAGAGAAAACCAAGGAAAAGGAUUCUCAAGCCAAAACCAAAGAAAAGGAGUCUCAGGACACAAAUAAAGAAAGAGAAACUCAAGAUACAGCUAGAGAAAAGGAAUCUCAAGACAUAACCAAAGAGAAGGAAUCUCAAGAAGUAACUAAAGAAAAGGAGUCUCAGGACACAACUAAACAAAAGGAAUCUCAGGACACAACUAAAGAAAAGAAAACUCUAGAAGUUACUAAAGAAGAGGAAUUUCAGGACACAACUAAAGAGAAGGCAUCUCAAGAAAUUGCUAAAGAAAAAGGAUCUCAAGACACAGCCAAAGAGAAGGAAUCUCAGGACACAGCUAAAGAGAAGGAAUCUCAGGACACAGCUAAAGAGAAGGAAUCUCAGGACACAGCUAAAGAGAAGGAACCUCGAGCCCCAAGUAAGGAGACAGAAGAAGAACGUGAGCAGAAAGUGGUGAAAGAGGCAAAGAAAGAGAGAGUGAAGGCAGCAGAGCAGCCCAAGGGCUACAUGAGACCCACCAAGGCCCGAGGGGUGCCAGCCCUGGUGCCAGCCCUGGCGGCCAGAGCCGUGCCCCGGCGGCCGGACAGAGCCAAGGCAGAGGAGCCCAAAGCAGCCGAGGCCGUGAGUGGGAACGACAUCACUGCUCCUCCCAACAAGGAGCUGCCCCCCAGCCCCGAGAAGAAGAGCAAGCCUGCUGCAUCCUCCUCCACUGCCAAGGCGGCGGCGGCGAAAGCCAAGCCCUCGGCCAGCACCAGCCCCAAGCGGCCGAGCUCGGCCACCCCGGGCACAAACAAAAAGCCCACGAGCCCAACUGCAGCUCCUGCUCCAGGCACCACCUCCAAACGCCCCGGCACCAGCAGCACCCGUCCCUCCACCCUAACUCCAAAAGAGACUAAACCAAAGGUCGCGGAUGCGAAGCCCGCGGAGAAGAGAACCUCCCUGUCCAAGCCUGCAUCCUCCACCACUCCCAAAACUCCUUCCAGGAGCUCCUCUGCUGCUCCCCGGACCACGGCACCGUCGCCGGUGACGGCAGCGGCCGCUGCCAAAACCACGGCGGCCACUCCUCCCAAGAGGCCAACGUCCAUCAAGACAGACACGAAGCCGGCAGAUGCCAAGAAACCCCCUGCAAAGUCUCCCUCAGAUUCCAGCCGCCCCAAGAGCGCUCCCGGCGGUGCCACCAAGAGCAGCGCCACCACUCCUUCCCCCGCGGCCUCCAGCGUGCCCGGCGCGGCCCCCAGCCGGCCCAAGCCCAAAGCCACGGCUCCCAAAGCCGCCACGGCCUCCACGGUGUCGGCGGACGCCAAGAAAGCCCCGGCCAAGGCCGCGGGCAGCAAAGGCAGCGCCGGAGCCGCUCCCCGGGCGCCGCGCCCCGCCAGCGCCGCCGGGCCCGACCUGCGCCACGUCCGCUCCAAGAUCGGCUCCACCGACAACAUCAAGCACCAGCCCGGCGGGGGCAAGGGGAAGGUAGAGAAAAGGCCAGAGUCAGCCGCCGCCGCGCCCAGCUCUGAGCCCAGCGCGGGCACUAAAGUGGCUCCUAAAGUGGCAGCAAAAGAGGGGGUCCCCAAACAGCCCAAUGGGAAAGUCCAGAUAGUCUCCAAAAAAGCGAACUACAGCCAUGUUCAGUCCAAGUGUGGUUCCAAGGACAAUAUUAAGCAUGUCCCUGGAGGUGGGAAUGUGCAGAUCCAGAACAAGAAAGUCGACCUUUCCAAAGUGUCCUCCAAGUGUGGAUCUAAAGCAAAUAUCAAGCAUAAGCCAGGGGGAGGAGACGUCAAAAUCGAGAACCAGAAGCUGAACUUCAAGGAGAAGGCCCAGGCCAAAGUGGGAUCUCUGGACAACGUGGGGCACUCGCCGGCCGGAGGAGCCGUCAAGGCGGAGGGCGGCGCGGAGCCGGCGCAGCUCCCGCCGGCCAACGGAGCGGGGCCGGGGCCGGGCGAGCCGCCCGCGGGCCCCGCGCUGCGGGAGAACGGCGUGGGGCCGGGCCUGGCCGCCCUCAGCACCGCCGACCAAAGGGAAAUGCAGAGCCUCGACACUCACAUCCAAGAAACAAGCAUCUAAUGAUGACAUUAUGGUAUCGUCUUCCAUUCCCCUCCUGUCCCUUGUCUCCUCCUCUCCCCGUGUCCCCUUGUCCCCUGCCCUUGUGUCGCUGCAGAUUGAGUCUCACAAGCUGACGUUCCGUGCGAAGGCCAAGGCUCGAACAGACCACGGAGCGGAAAUCGUCGUCUCCAAACCCCCCACCCUUUCCAGCAGCACCUGCCCCCGGCGUAGCACCUCCGCCAGCGACAGCCCGGGCUCCGGCGCCUCCCCGCCACCGCUGCCGCCGCCGGCCGCGCCCUCCCAGCAAGGCUUGUGACCCCCGGCCCCGCUCCGCGCCCCGGGGACCCCAGCUUGGCUCUCUUAUCCCGGCUCUGGCUUUAGGUGGGAAGGGGACGAUGUUCUUGGGCCGGGCCGCUCCGGAGCGCUCGGCCCCGCCCGGGCUGGGGUCCCUCGGCGGCCGGGCGGGCCGGGCAGGGCUCCCCUCCCUCCAUCCUCCCUCCCUCCCUCCAUCCCUCCCUCCAUCCCUCUCCGUGCCCUCCCGCUGGCCCGGGGACUCUCGGGUUGCUGCGCCUCGGGGCCGAGCGGGCAGAGCAGAGCCCCGGGCGGGCCGAGGCCAGGCCGAGUUAACAGGGAUAAGCUGUGAUCUUUCUUUCUGUCUCUUUUUUUAACCCCUUCCCUUCUCGCCGCUUCAGUUUCUGCCGCCUGUGGGAUGCUGAUAAAUCCCCUCCACACUCGUUAGGCUGUUUUAACUGUUGACUUGAACCUUUUAUUCUUUGUGACGAAGUGUUGAUGAUUUAUGGUGUUCGAACCCGUGCUAAGUUUCCUUUUCUCUUUCCUUCUUUUCCGACCCGUAGGAGAGUAGGGACAUUUAACCGCUGCUGCCGUGCUGGCUUCUUACUGACAUAUCCAGCCGUUGUAACUUCUUUGUUGUUGUUUGGGGUUUUUUCUUUUUAAUAUUUUAAAACGAUGGAGCGAGUUCAUGGGAUUAAGCCAUGUCCGGAACGAAAGGCACAGGAAUGUGUAAAGGGCAAACUUGCUGUGAGAGCUCAGGUGGAGCCUGUGUUGACCUCGAGAUGUGUAAUUGAUGCUCGAGAUGCGUUAAUUGAUGCUCGCGAGCCCUCCCCGGGCGCCUUCUGCCGAGGUGGUUUAUUUAUUAACGGCACGGCCGAGCCCUGGCAUUUCUCCCGUUUUUCCAGGGCCGAGGCUGGAGGAGCAGGAGGGCCGGGAGUUGCGAGGCUGCAGCAGGUCCGUGGGGGUGUGGGGAGCGUGUGGGGGUGUGUGGUUUUUGGGGUGAUGAUGGGGGACCCGAGCGAGCGCCGGGAUGAGCAGGGCCUGCAGGGGCAGGGAAGGGCAGCGCUCAUCCCGGGGCGGCAGGGCAGGCUUGGUGCCAGGAGUCGCAGCUCUGACUAGGAAGGAGAUCGAACCACUCUUGGAGCUCCUCGUUUCAAAUGACACUAAAGAAACGAAAUGUAAAUAAAUUAAAACAAAAGAAAAGUGUUCUUGGGUGGUCAAACUAAUUUAAAGAAAAAAAAAAAAAAAAGGCAAGCAGAAUAACAAAACACUGGGAUCAAAGAGAACUGAACCAGGCGUGUGCUAAGGGGGGCUGCUCCAGGAGGGGACAGAGGGAAGCCUGCAGCUUCUCGUGCUUGUGGGAGUGUUUCUUUGGGAAGCCAACAACGACACGAUAACCCGGAAUCUGUAUUUACACACAAAGAUUCUUAUUGCACUUGUAUUUUUUAUAUUAAAGUUUGCAUGGUUUCUAAUAAAAUGGCAUUAAAAUGUACUAGUUUGCAUCAAAGUCGUCUGGUAGUUUCAUAAGUGCUUUUUCAUCUGAUUACAAAUUUAAACGAUGCAGAUUUGCACCUGAAAGGGGCGGUUAUAUAUACCCAGAGACCUCCCAGUGCUUCCCUUCCCUUCCUCCUCCUCCUCCUCCUCCUCCUCCUCCUCCCCCUCCCCACCUUCCACUCCCCUCCGCAUCCCUGUGAUCCCGGCCGGGGAAGGCGGCCGUGCCGUCGCUCCCUGCCCUCCCUGUGUCCCGGUGUCCCGGAGCAGCCCCCGGCCCUGGCUCGGAGGAGGAGCUGGAGGCGGCCCCGCUCCCGCCCUGCUCGUUCCCUGGGUGCCGGUAUAUAUCACUGCCCUCCCGUGACGCUUCCUUCUUUCUGUACUGCUAAAUUCCACACACCAGCUUCAGCUUGGCAGCCUUGCCUUUGGUUUGGUUGAUUUUUUUUCCAACACUUGAAUUGAGGGAAAAUUAGAAGGAGAGGAGAGGAGCAGGGUGAGCCCCUGGGCAGGACGGUGAGCCUGGAGCCUGGUUCCCAGGCUGGAGCCUCCUGGUUCCCGGCCUGAGAGCAGCCAGGGUGGCCUUGGCAGGGCUGGAGCCGAGCUCCAGGCUCACAGCCGGCAGGGAGCAGAGUUUGUGCUGGGUGGAGAUGUUCGUGGGCAACCAAAGAGGCGGCGGAGGCUGAGAUGUCGCGUUUGUCUUGCUGCUCUUCUGGGGCACCCCAGGCCUCUGGUGGCCUGGGAUGUCCCAGGAUGAGAUUCCCGGGAUGUCCCAGGAUGAGAUUCCCGGGAUGUCCCAGGAUGACAUUCCCGAGGUGUCCCGGGAUGACAUUCCCUGGGUGCCCCAGGAUGAGAUUCCCGGGAUGUCCCAGGAUGACAUUCCCUGGAUGCCCCGGGAUGACAUUCCCGAGGUGCCCCAGAUGAGAUUCCCGGGGUGCCCCAGGAUGACAUUCCCGAGGUGUCCCGGGAUGACAUUCCCAGGGUGCCCUGGGAUGAGAUUCCCGGGGUGCCCCAGGAUGAGAUUCCCGGGGUGCCCCGGGAUGACAUUCCCGAGGUGUCCCGGGAUGACAUUCCCAGGGUGCCCUGGGAUGAGAUUCCCGGGGUGCCCCGGGAUGACAUUCCCGGGGUGCCCCGGGAUGACAUUCCCGGGGUGCCCCGGGAUGACAUUCCCGGGGUGCCCCGGGAUGACAUUCCCGGGGUGCCCCGGGAUGACAUUCCCGGGGUGCCCCAGGAUGAGAUUCCCGGGGUGCCCCAGGAUGACAUUCCCGGGAUACCCCAGGAUGACAUUCCCGGGGUGCCCCAGGAUGACAUUCCCGGGGUGCCCCAGAUGAGAUUCCCGAGGUGCCCCAGGAUGACAUUCCCGGGGUGCCCAGGCGAGGCCCCGGGCGAAGGGAGGCAGCCGGUCCCGGUUCAGGGACUGCAGGAGGAAGGCAAGUGGCAACAUUGCACUUUAUCUUCUGAGAUUGCAAAAAUCAAACGAGCCCUGCCCCGCUGCAAAGGGACAGUGACGUCACCUUCUCCCUGCGCUGCUUUUCUCCAAUUUCCGAUGAUUUCCCGAGCGCGGGGCGGCGGUGGCUGCGUGCGGUGCCCAGGCUGUCCCUGCCCAAACCCCGGCCCAGCUGAGCCCCGGCCCGUGCUUCUGUGCCACUUCUCUAACACUUGUUGUGCCUGUGUUUAGCUGAUGAACUAAAUCCAGAUACACUAGUUUGCCGUGGUGUUUCUAGGACAGCUUCAGUUUUAAUACGGAUUUCUUUUUUAACUUUAUUUUGAGGAAGCGGCUGUACAUAUUGCUAGGCUGGGAAGGAGCCGUGUGUGCUGGGAAUGACUUUAGUUUCCUGUCUGGAGAGGUGGGAUGAGCUGGGUAGUGCUGAGACCUUAACGCUGCUGGGGCAGGGGCUGCGGGCGCCGGUGGCUCCAUCGAGGGCUGGAGGCAGCAAACCCGGGGGGAAGCAGGAGCCGAGCUCUGAAUGAGAUGCAAGUUGAAUGUACGCGUUCCCGUCCGGCUUUGGCGCACUGCGGGGCUCUGGGCUGGGCAGGGGCUGAGCGGGGCCAGGCGGGCGCCGGUGGCUGGCUCCGGGCAGGAUGCUGGCGAAGGCUUUGCAGAGCUCGGGGCGAGGAGCGGUGCCCUGGAGGGGCUGAGCUGCCCAAGGGCUGGGGGAAGCGGCGCGGCCGGGUGCGAGCUCCAUCCCGGCGGGGCUGAGCCUCCCCGGGCCGGCAGCGGGCGGAGCCCGGCGCCUCCCGGCAUAUCAGUGGCAUACACACACAGUUCUUUGGGCUUUUUGUACUGUUAAACAGCGACAUUCAAGUAACCGAGUUCGUGGGCUCGAGGCCGCGGCCGCCCCAGGGCGCGGCUCCCGCUCGGCUCCCGGCCGCAAACUGAAUGUAGUUUUUCUACGCUGCCCCCGCGCUGUCCCCGCGUAGUGUGGUGUGUGAGAGGGGCCCGGGCCCUCGCGUGUUCGUGUCUAGGCAGAAUUCCUGCUUUUCUUGGAGCUUGGUGUCGGUGGCGUUCUCGGGGUGACGGGGCUGCCCUGAGGGCAGGGCCGAGUCCCCGCGGAGCCGCGGCCCGGCUGAGGCCGAGCGGCCGCGGCGGAGCUCAGCGACCUCCAGGCUUGGAGAAAUGUCCCCAGGGCCGAGCGGCCUCCAGGCUUGGAGAAAUGUCCCCAGGGCCGAGCGGCCUCCAGGCUUGGAGAAAUGUCCCCAGGGCCGAGCGGCCUCCAGGCUCAGGGGAAAUGUCCCCCAAGGCCUGGUGGCCCGCGGAGCCGGCGGGUGGGGCGGGAGAGGCCCCGGGCGGCAGCAGCAGCAUGGAAAGGGCUCUGAGGGGCUCCGGCUCUCCCUCCUCCCUCCCCGCCUGAGCCCGGCCCGGGCAGCGCUCGCACGGGUCCCGCCGGCCGAGGUCACCCACGAGGCCGCACCGCGCCCCUGCCGAUCCCCGCUGUCCCUCCCGCAGAGCACCGAGCCGGCAGCGAGCGCAGUGACCGCGGGUGGGGGCGUGCGGCCGGGCGGGAGGGCUCGGGGCAGCGCCCCGGAGGGCGAUCCCGGCCCUCGGCUCCCUCCGUGGUCUCGGGAAGCCACUCAACCUCUCUGCCUCAGUUUCCCCAUCUGCAAAGGUGGGGGGGAUUCAAUUUUACCUCACCGGGCUGUUGUGAGGCGCGAGCAGCGCGUGACGUGUUCUCUAAAUGUGACGUGUUAUUAUUAUUUUGUGUCAUAGGAUUAUUCUGCAGGGCGUGCCCGAGGAGGGGGACCGCGCUGUCCCUGCCGAGCUGGGGGAGGCGGGGGCCGGGGAGGGGAGGUCAGUGCUGGGUGUGAGACAGCAGCUCCGGGGCCGGGCAGCGCCCCCGGCCCGGGGGGAGCCCAGCGGUUCCUUCUGCCUUUGUGUCUCCCCUCCCCGGGGGCUGUAAGAGCGUCGUCUCCUUAGCAACAUUUCCUGACUUGAUGUUGUGAUUCUUACUAUUGUAAAGGGUUGAAAUAAAGCUUCUAGAUGUUC